GGGCACCUACCAUAAUAAAUUAUCCAAACACAACGGCAAAAGUCUCACACCGAACUAUAUACCCACUCGCACCAGAGUCUGGAACUUCCCACAGAAGAACACUGACCUCCCCCCACACACCCACUACCUCUUAAAGCUCCUGGGCCAAUCACACGGCAGAAGGCAGCAAACUGUCACUUGUUACACACCUUUAACACGGACGUCUCCGGGACAUUUUCCAGGAUGGCACUUUCCAGCCUGCUUCUGAGCCUGGCUGCUCGGGCACUUACGUUUCUCUUCUUUCUGCUCGUCAUUGCGUUUCUUGGCUACUGCUUGUACAUUAAAUACAUUCAUAUGAAGUAUGACCACAUCCCCGGGCCGCCGAGGGACAGUUUUUUCUUUGGACACUCACCAACGAUGUUGAAGGCGAUGAAAAGUGACGGAAUUAUACACGACAAAUUUCUGGAGUGGGCCGAGAAGUAUGGACCUGUUUACAGGAUAAAUGUGCUUCACUACGUUUCACUGUGUACGUACUGUCCAGAGGCCACCAAGGAAAUCCUGAUGUCCCCAAAGUACCCCAAACAGAAGUUUGCCUAUAAAAGAAUCUUCUACCUGUUUGGUCAAAGGUUCUUUGGAAAUGGGCUGGUAACAGCACGGGAUCAUGAGCAGUGGUACAAACAGCGACGCAUCAUGGACCCUGCGUUCAGCAGCCUGUAUCUGAGAGGUCUAAUGGGAACCUUCAAUGAGAGGGCAGAGAAACUGAUGGAUAAACUUGCAGAGCUUGCUGACAGUAAAACAGAAGCUAAUAUGCGCCAUCUUGUCAACUGUGUCACCCUGGAUGUUAUUAGUAAGGUUGCCUUUGGGGUGGACUUGGACCUCUUGAAGAAUAGUUCACCUUUCCCUAAAGCCAUUGAGACAUGUCUGAAAGGAAUGGUUACCUAUGUUAGAGACAUAUUUUUUGAGUACAAUCCAAAGAACAGACGAUACGUCAAUGAGGUGAGGGAAGCGUGCCGCCUGCUCCGUACAACUGGAGCCAAGUGGAUCAGUGAGAGAAAGACCGCCAUGCAAAAUGGUGACGAGGUCCCCAAAGACAUCCUGACACAAAUCAUCAAAACUGCAAGCCAAGAGGAAAACAUGACUGAAGAAGAUGAAGAAUUUAUGCUGGACAAUUUUGUGACAUUUUUCAUUGCAGGCCAAGAAACAACAGCCAAUCAACUGGCGUUUUGCAUCAUGGAGCUUGGAAGACAUCCUGAAAUACUGGAGAAAGCGAAGAAAGAGGUCGAUGAUGUCAUUGGGAUGAAACGUGACAUAAGCUAUGACGACUUGGGAGAGCUGGUCUACCUGUCACAGGUGCUAAAAGAGACUCUGAGAAUUUACCCCCCAGCCCCGAUCACAUCUCGUGAUGUUGCUGAAGACAUGGUGAUUGAUGGUAUCCACAUACCCGGGGGAUUUAGCGUUGUUUUCAACUCCUAUGUGAGUGGGAGACUGGAGAGAUUCUUCAAGGAUCCACUGAGAUUUGAUCCAGACAGAUUUCACCCAGAUGCUCCCAAGCCUUAUUACUGCUACUACCCCUUUGCCCUCGGUCCUCGCUCGUGUCUGGGACAGAACUUUGCUCAGAUGGAGGCUAAAGUGGUGAUGGCCAAACUGCUCCAGAGGUUUGACUUCACUCUUGUCCCGGGACAGACCUUUGACAUCCUGGAUGCUGGCACACUCAGACCAAAGAGUGGAGUGUUGUGCACUUUGAGUCACAGGGAUUACAAAAAUAAGGGCUUCGCAGAUGCAAAGGCCGAGCCAGGGGGCGGAGGCAGCAGUCUGCAGACGCCAGACUGGCCUGAACCGGUCAUGCAGGACGCAGGACCACAAGUGAUCGGCCACUCAAGCCCAGGCCUCACAGAGGCGGGGCCAUGGGAGGGAAAUGCUGUGGGAGGGCCCCGGAACCAGACAACCCAGACAUGGGUUCACCCGUCCGGACCCCACUCCAUUGGCAGCCAGAGGGGAUGGAACUUCUUCAACAUCCACCUCACGAUAAUCAACCUCCACCGGUCCAGGCCUCACAGAGGCGGGGCCAUGGGAGGGAUGCUGUGGGAGGGGCCAGCAGUGAAUCAGCAACAGGUGUGGGAGGGGACCCAGCCCAUGGCCUGCCUAUCUGGUGUCAUAGCAGUGGCAGCCAUGUUCCCCAUAGUAGCCUGUUCUCUCAUGUUGGAGGCAGGAGAAGGGGCAGGGGCACAGCAACACUGCUUGUGCCUAUCGUCAAAAGGCAAAAAUGCCAUAAACAGACAUGUUUGGGACGUGUGGGCUGCCAUACUCCUGCUACCAAGCAAGGGGCUCCUGCGUCACAGUGCUGACAGCCGAGCUGCACAGUGCCCAGGCGACAGCGUAUGCUUGAACGCUGAAGCCGUGUCCCUGCUGUGUUUGCUCACUGUAGCCGAGCUACUAGCUAGCCGGCAGCCGCACAGCGUGGUCCGACCGGCGCAGAAGCCUAUUUUUCGAGGCGAUAAGCUGGGGAAGGGAGACCAACCAAGGGGAGAGCUAAGGGCCAGCUAG